AUGACUGCAGCGCCUGUCAACAUGACUGCAGCGCCUGUCAUCAUAACUGUAACGCCGGUCAACACAACUGCAGGUCCGGUCAACAUAACUGCAGCGCCUGUCAACAUGACUGCAGCGCCUGUCAACAUGACUGCAGCGCCGGGCAACAUAACUGUCAACUUCACCACACCUGCAGUGCUGGUCAACCUAACCACACCUGCAGUGCCAGUCAACUUCACCACACCUGCAGCGCCUCUCAACCUCACCACACCUGCAGCGCCUGUCAACUUCACCACACCUGCAGCGCCUGUCAACUUCACCACACCUGCAGUGCCUGUCAACUUCACCACACCUGCAGCGCCUGUCAACUUCACCACACCUGCAGCGCCGGUCAACUUCACCACACCUGCAGCGCCUGUCAACAUAACUGUCAACUUCACCACACCUGCAGUGCCUGUCAACUUCACCACACCUGCAGCGCCGGGCAACAUAACUGUCAACUUCACCACACCUGCAGUGCCCGUCAACCUAACCACACUUGCAGUGCCGGUCAACUUCACCACAUCUGCAGCGCCUGUCAACUUCACCACACCUGCAGUGCCGGUCAACUUCACCACAGCUGCAGUGCCUGUCAACUUCACCACACCUGCAGUACCUGUCAACUUCACCACACCUGCAGUGCCUGUCAACUUCACCACAGCUGCAGUGCCUGUCAACUUCACCACACCUGCAGCGCCUGUCAACAUAACUGUCAACUUCACCACAGCUGCAGCGCCGGGCAACACAACUGCAGCGCCUGUCAACAUAACUGCAGAUCUGACCACUCCAGCAUUCAACACGACCACUCCACCAUCCAACGCGACCACUCCAGCAUUCAACAUGACCACGCCAGCAUUCAACACGACCGCUCCAGCAUUCAACACGACCACGCCAGCAUUCAACACGACCACUCCAGCAUUCAACACGACCACGCCAGCAUUCAACACGACCACUCCAGCAUUCAACACGACCACGCCAGCAUUCAACACGACCACGCCAGCAUUCAACACGACCACUCCACCAUCCAACGCGACCACUCCAGCAUUCAACAUGACCACGCCAGCAUUCAACACAACCACUCCAGCAUUCAACAUGACCACUCCAGCAUUCAACACGACCACUCCAGCAUUCAACACGACCACGCCAGCAUUCAGCACGACCACUCCAGCAUUCAACACGACCACGCCAGCAUUCAACACGACCACUCCAGCAUUCAACACGACCACGCCAGCAUUCAACACGACCACUCCAGCAUUCAACACGACCACGCCAGCAUUCAACACGACCACUCCAGCAUUCAACACGACCACGCCAGCAUUCAGCACGACCACUCCAGCAUUCAACACGACGACACAGCCGACCACUCCAGUCAACACGACGACACAGCCGACCACUCCAGUCAACACGACGACACAGCCGACCACUCCAGUCAACACGACAACACAGCCGACCACUCCCGUCAACACGACAACACAGCCGACCACUCCAACUCCAGUCAACACGACAACACAGCCGACCACUCCCGUCAACACGACAACACAGCCGACCACUCCAACUCCAGUCAACACGACGACACAGCCGACCACUUCCGUCAACACGACUGCUGUCAUGAUCACAACAACAGUCACAACUCAGCUUUCAACUACACCUGAUGCAACUGGAACGAUGGCUACGAUAGCAGACUGUGGCUGUCCAUUGCUGCCCUCCCAUGCUGUGGUGAAUCUGACAGCUACAACCACUGGCUCCGUGGCAACUUACACCUGCAAGACGGGGUUUCAGUACGCAAGUGGGACCACUACUCUUACCUGUGGCAGUGAUGGGGAGUGGAAGGGCACACCGAUAACCUGCGAAGCUAUUAUCCCCUGUAUCCGUUUCUGUGGAUUUGGAAGCUGCUUUGUUGACGAAGGCAUACAGAAGUGUGACUGCAACACGGGAUACGGAUUCUUUGGCCUUUCCCAGUUUUGCCUAGAUAUCAAUGAGUGCGAAGGCGGUUUGGACUAUUGCCUGGGCCGGCCAGCCUGUGCGCCUAACGCGAGGUGCAUCAACUCUCCGUACGGCUCCUACACGUGCAGGUGUCCCAGUGGUUAUACUGGUGAUGGGAGGACUUCAUGCGAAGAUGAAGACGAGUGUUUGUCGGCUCCAUGUUCCGAGUUUGCCAACUGUACCAACACAGCAGGCAGCUACACGUGUGCGUGCUGGGACGGAUAUGUGGGGUCUGGUACAGUCUGUGCAGAAAUCAACGAGUGCAGUUCCAACCCCUGCAUAGGUGGAACGUGUGCGGAUAGGAUCAACAGUUUCACCUGUACCUGUCGUGAGGGGUUCGCUGGGGAGAGGUGUGAAAUAAACAUCGAUGACUGUGACCCUCCUCCCUGCUUGAACAAUGGGACCUGUACUGACAGAGUCAACGCUUACAGCUGUGCCUGUGUGGACGGGUGGGAGGGAAAUAACUGUGGAGUCGAUAUCAAUGAGUGCAGGUCUGAUCCCUGUAACCGGAAUGCAGACUGCAGAAACACAAACGGUUCCUUCAUCUGCACCUGUAAACAAGGUUUCCAAGGAGACGGGUUUAUUUGCACUGAAAUCGAUGAGUGUGAUUCUGACCCCUGCCAAAAUGGCGGAACCUGUAUAGAUGAAUUUAACAGGUAUACGUGUGACUGUCUUAGUGGAUGGCAGGGAGAUAACUGUGAAAGUGAUGUUGAUGAGUGUGCCCUACAGAGAUGCCAUGAGAACUCCAACUGUACCAACUCACCAGGCAGCUACACCUGCACAUGCAGGGAGGGUUUCUAUGGGAACGACCUAACACAGGAGAACCUCAUAUGUAGAGAAAUAAUCCUGUUCCCUUACGGUGAAGAACAAGGAGACUCAUUGUUACCUGACGCAGACAACCGUAAAGACAUCUCUCUACCUUCUCUGAUAGAAAUCAGUAUAGGGUUCCCCUUCUUUGGACAGUUCUACUACAGCCUUUAUUUCUCAGAUAACGGCUUGAUCAUAUUCCCGCCGACGACACAGUCCCGAGCGCGGAGGGAACCCUACCCGAACCCGAGCGUCUUCAGGAGUAACCAGACAGUACAGGCUGGGUUCCCUCCUAUGGUAGCAGUGUCAUGGGGAGAUGUGGAUCUAACAACAGACGUGGGGAAAGUCUGGUAUCAGGUAUACUCUGAUGACAACUCAGUUGACAAUGCAACUCAAAUAAUGUUUGACAUGGUUGAGGGGAGAGUGACCCAGUACUUCAGCGACACGUUUGUGCCCACCUGGGUACUGGUAGUGACCUGGGACAGUGUACCCUCUGUCGAGGCAACGUACACCAAACAGGACCCAAACACAUUCCAAGCUGUCCUGGCCACAGACGGAUCAGACUCCUUCGCUUUUCUGACCUACAAAGAAGACGAAAUGCUGUGGACCAAUGAAACACAGGACGUCGUUCUCGGCUAUAACAGUGCAGACGGUGUCAACUUCGAAAACAUCCAACUGGCAAAUCCUUACAGACCCGACCAAGUCAACGGAAACACUGGGUUGAAAGGAAGAUGGGCGUUUAAGUUGGCAACCAGGCAAACAAACUACAAGAAGCUUUGUCGUGACUGGUACAAGGCAGAGCCAGACCCUACAGAGUGGAUUGUAGGAGAAGGCCUGUGUCCCUGCACACUGCUACAGGCACUGAGGGACCUACGCUUCGCCCCUGUUACCCUGUCUCCAUUUGAGAUCUUCUUCCUGCUGAUUUUCACUCAAGACUUGGAAGUUUGCCUCAGCCCCCUGUUUGCCGGCCCGACUGGUUCCAGUGUUGACUGUUGUUACAAGUUCCUGGCCCUGAACACAGAGAUACCUCUGGCUGGCAGCCACCAUAGAUAUCCCAGGUUCUCCCAAAAUUACACCGACCUUGACGUGACUCCUAAGACCUGGUGCUGCAGCCUGUCUGACGAUGAAGACUUCUGUAACCUGUACUAUGAGAAGAGGCCUCCAAACAGCUGUUCUUUGUACAGACCACCACGUCUAGCCAUACUGUGGGGAGAUCCUCACAUGAAGACACUAGACGGCCUGGCCUACACCUUUAACGGGUUAGGAGAGUUUACCCUAGUCCAGACGAGGGGAGCAAGUGUUGGUUUCAGCCUGCAGGGGCGCACGGAGAAAGCCAUCGGUACCCAGGGAGCAGCAGAGGCCACGGUCUUCACCGCAUUUGCAUCCAAGCAAGAUGGCUCCUCAACGGUUGAAAUGGGUAUGAACGACGACCGUACAAACAUGACACUAAUGGUGGAUGGACAGUCUGUCAACAUCACUGAUCUACAACAGAACGGUGCCCAGCGUUUUGCCAAUGUGGCUCUUCAGUACAACUUCAACUCCAACAGAACCAGUGUGGUGGCCUCCUUCUCUUCAGGAAUAACAGUGACCGUCACGCUACAGAAACUCAUGCUGAAUGUACAGUUUGGAGCGCCAGAUUCUUUCGAGAACACUACCCGAGGCCUGCUUGGUGUUUGGAACGACAACAUUCUGGAUGACUUCACCUAUCCAAACGGCACGGUACUGCAGGCUCCUGAUGGCAGGAAUCUGACAGAGGAAGAAAUCUUCCCCUGGGGCUUAUCAUGGCAAAUCAGCCAAGACGAAAGUCUUUUCACCUACAAGGAUGGAGAAAGCACAAGUUCCUUCGCCAGGCCAGAUUUUAGACCAAAGUUCCUGGGAGAGCUACGAGCUUCUGUCACUGACGAAAAACGAGCUGAAGCCGAAGCUCUAUGUGACACAAAUGUAGAAUGUCUCUUUGACUUUCUCAGCACAAAUGACACAGAAGUGGGGGAACAAACCAAAUCAAGUAUUGCGACUUUCGAGUCAGAUGCAGAGACACUGGCUAACUUUCCACCUAACAUCACAACCAAUGCCACCGUGAAUGGAAUAGUUAAUCGGGAGGUGGAACUACAGGUCAUUGCUGUUGACCCUGAGAACAAUCCUGUGACGUAUUCCAUCGGCAACGUCAGCAACAUUCCUGGAGCAACCAUCAACCCCGUUGAUGGUAUCUUGACAUGGACUCCCAACAAUCUACUGCCAGUUCAACUAGAGAUCGUCGCCAAAGAUGACAAAGGUGCUUCUUCGUCAACCUACCCCAUGGUCAAACUCUGCAAUUGUCAAAAUGGUGGAACCUGCAACUUUGUCACUGUGGACUUCACUGGAGAGAUCAACCCAGUGGGCGGGUUUCAGGUUGUUUCCUGCUUGUGUCCUGAAGCCUAUACAGGAGAGUUUUGUGAGACUGAUAAGGAUGAGUGUGAGGAGGACCCGUGUUAUCCAGGUGUGGUCUGUACAGAUAGGGUUGCACCUGAGGAUGGCUUCGACUGUGGACCUUGUCCUAAUGGUCUGGAUGGAACUGGGGAGAAAUGUUUUGAUGUGAAUGAGUGUGUGCAGGGACAGCUAUGUGAACAGCCCCAUAACUGUGAGAACACCCGAGGCAGUUACACCUGUGGCUGUGAUCCUGGGUACACACUGGACAGCAAUGGCCUCAACUGUACUGAUAUUGACGAGUGCAACCUGGACACAGAUGACUGUGCAGAUGAGGCAACAUGUACCAACACAGAGGGUGGCUUCACCUGUACCUGUAAUACUGGGUAUGCUGGCAAUGGUACCCACUGUGCAGAUGUUGAUGAAUGUACGCUGAGUGCAUCCUGUGAUAGCAAUGCAGUAUGCAACAACACUAUCGGAUCCUACACAUGUGCAUGCAAGACUGGCUAUGAAGGUAGUGGGCGCCAAUGUGAGGACAAAGAUGAGUGUGUGGACCCUGGCACCUGCCACACAAAUGCAAGAUGUACCAACUCCAUCGGAUCCUUCAGCUGUAGCUGCAACUCUGGUUACCGUGGUGACGGGUCAGUCUGCACCAAUGUGGAUGAGUGUGCGGAGUUACUGGACAACUGCCGUCGGGGGCUAGGGAUCUGUACGGACAACCCUGGGUCUUACAGCUGCGCAUGUAGGGAUGGAUAUGUGGGAGAUGGGAUCACAUGUCAAGAUCUUGACGAGUGUUCAGAUGAUGCUCUGAACAGCUGCACUGAGAACGCGGAUUGCACCAAUACGGAGGGCUCUUAUAACUGUCUGUGUACAGAGGGGUAUGAAGGGAACGGUACAGUUAGUUGCACAGAUGUGAACGAGUGUACAAGGGCUGUAGAUAACUGUGCAGAAAAUGCAACCUGCACCAACACCCCAGGAUCUUACACCUGUAGGUGUGACCAAGGAUUCGCUGGAAACGGGAUUCAAUGUGAAGAUAUUGAUGAAUGUCUAAGGGGAGAAGAUGACUGUGACAUUGACACAAAAGCCGUCUGUACAAAUCUGAUUGGAAGCUUCAGUUGUGCAUGCUACAAUGGGUACCAAGGGGACGAUGUCGAUGAAUGUGUAGAACAACUGGAUGACUGUGAACAAGUCUGCACCAACACAGACGGUGGAUUCAACUGCUCCUGCGCUCUUGGAUUCAUUCAAGUUGGGGACUCCUGUCGAGACAUUGAUGAAUGUUCAAGUGGAACCCUGAAUGCCUGUGACCAGUUGUGUAACAACACAGAUGGAGGAUAUACAUGUGACUGCAACAGUGGCUACAUGCUUGGUUCUGAUGGUCGAACAUGUACUGAUGUUGACGAGUGUGCAGACAAUAGUCUGAAUGACUGUGACCCCAACGCCCUCUGCAACAACAACGAUGGAGGAUUCACCUGUAGCUGCAGACAGGGCUAUACUGGCAAUGGGACAUUCUGCGAAGAUGUGGAUGAGUGCUCUGAUGGUUCAUCAAACUGCCAUGAUCAAGCGAUAUGCACAAAUGUCGUGGGCAGCUUUGAAUGUACCUGCAAACCUGGGUACAAUGGCACUGGAACAGUAUGUGAAGACAUUGAUGAAUGUAGAAACAGAACAACAUGUGAUGAAAAUGCAAAUUGCACCAACACUGCUGGCUCCUACACCUGCACAUGUAAUGAUGGGUACACUGAUGUGGACGAGUGUUUAAGUGGACAGGAUGACUGUCAUGAUCUGGCAUCAUGCAGCAACACAGAGGGCAGCUAUGUAUGCACCUGCAAUGAUGGUUAUAUUGGCAAUGGGACGUACUGCGAAGAUGAAGAUGAGUGUACACAAGACCCAGACUCCUGCACAGAAAACUCUGUGUGUACGAACACCGUUGGUUCCUUCACUUGUCCCUGUAAAUCUGGUUACAUCGGUGGUAACUGUGUGGAUGUUCGUGAGUGUGAAGAGGACAUUGACACCUGUGACGACAAUGCUGACUGUACGAACACACCUGGCUCCUUCAACUGCACCUGUCAUUCUGGGUACCAGGGAAAUGGAACUGUCUGUACAGCAAAACCUCAGAAGUUUGUACCAGCACAAAUAACGAUGGAGAGAGUGUUUAAGACUGAAUACAACGACAGGACUUCACCAGAGUAUAAGGACCUUGCAGAAAAGUUGACAAUAUCACUGACGCUUGUCUACUCUAUAAUUCCUGGUUUCGUCCAGAUCAUCAUUAUUCGAUUCCUCCGUGGCAGUGUUGACGCCAGAUACACAGCUGUGUUCACCGUGGAAGGCUCCCAAUCAGACAGCAUCAUCCUGGAUACGGCAAAGACAAACCUUCAGCAGGCAGUCAUGAAUGGAACAAAUUUUGACCCUACGCUCCAGGUCAAUAGCAGUAGCCUGCAGCCGAUUGUACUUACACCAGAUGAUAUUGACAUUAUCAUUGAAGAUGUGUGUGCAGAUUUGGACUGUGGGGAGGGGGGCGUGUGUACACAGACUGAGCUGUAUUCCGGAGCGGAGUGCCAAUGUGAGGGAAACUACUGCAACACAGGGACCUGUGACUUCAAUCUUGAAGAAGGACCAAAAUGCACCUGCCCGGCAGUGCAGGGUUCCUGGUACAGUGGGGAGAGAUGUCAGAUCCACUUGACCCAAGCGCACGUGAUCGGUAUUGCAGCAGGCUGCGUGUGUUUCCUGCUGGUGGUCGCCCUGCUGGUGGCUGUAGGUAUGGCCAAAAGGUCCAGGCGUAGGGCAAAGAAAGGAAGAGAAGCGAGGUACAGGAUCGAUAGAGCUCCAGUCACCCUAGCCAACAUCUACACAUCCAGGUCUGACGCGUGGCAGCCGGUCCGUGGCCUUCCAGUCACUGACCUGGGGGGAGACCAGGACGACUACCUUCCACCUUUGAGCCAGAGGAAGGCCCUUCUGGAACCCCAGUGUUGA